AUGAUUCAACUCAUCUUACUACUAUCCUUUUUAAUCCAGUUAGUUAAAUCAUGUCGAAAUUGUAAUGGUGAUCCAUUAUCUAAUUUCUGUGAUACAUAUAUUUGGGAAUCAAAUGAUACAUGUAAAUCCGUAUCUUCCAAAUACAACAUUACUAUAGAACAAUUAUUAACUUUUAAAUUCAUUGAUGGAUCUAUUUCAAAUUCACCAUUUCUGAUUAAUGAAUUAUGUAAACUAUUCACAGAAGGUGAUGAAAUUUGUAUAUCACAACCUAAAAAUUAUGAAGAUUGUUAUUAUACACCAAAUUGUAUGUUUGAAUAUCCACAAUAUUUUUGUAAUUCAUAUACUAUAACUCAAUCAAAUUUAACAUGUUUAGAAUUUUGCAACUUGGUAAAUAUAUCAAUGAGACAAUUUAAACAAUGGAAUAAAUUAAAUAGAAUUAAUAUUGAUUGCUAUUUAGAUAAUCCAAUUGAAAUAGGUGAUGUUUAUUGUAUUUCAAAACCUAAUAUUACUAAUUCCACUGAUUGUAUAUCUAUUGCAAUAGCUGAAAAUAAUUCAGAUAAUGUGGAUUAUUUUGAAUCAGUCAAAACUUGGUCGAAACAUCCAUUGUAUAAUACAACUAAUAGUACUAAAAGUUUUUCCUGUGAUGCUUCUCAUAAUAGAAUAUUAGGACUUGCAAUAUUAGUUACAUUAGCAUUUAGUUUAAUUUAA